UUUAUUAAUUUCGUGUGACACAUAGGCUGCGCAGGGAGGUGAGCAGGCAUUGCUGCUGGAAAGCCCAACCACGGGGAGAGAGGAGCGAUAGUAAAAGCUUCAUCUGGACACCGCUUCAGCCUAGGUAUAAUAAACAUCAGGACCGCCGGGCUGUUUUAUAGCGGUGCGUGUGAUAAGAGGGGAGCAAAACUUGGAGCCAGUACCAGCACAGCCCGCUCCUUCCCUUUCCCCUUCCCUUUCCCCUUCCCCUUCCCGGGAGCGCGGCUCCCGCCUGGGCGCAGGCGCUCGCCCAUGUGGUGGAAGCGCGCGCGCCUGUGUGUAUGGAAAUCCAUAUUACACAUUAAUAUACAUCUAUCUUCCAAAUUCAGAGGUCGACCUGAGAGCAGCUCUGUGCAUACGAAACCAGACGGGGAGGGGUUGCUGGGGAGGCCCGGGCUUCCAUUGGCUGCGGGCGCCUGCCGUGGUGCGGGGGUAUCUCUCAUCAUAUUCAGCAUGUUUUGCACAAGAAAUGUCAGCCAGAAAGGGCUAUCUGCUCCCUUCGCCAAAUUAUUCCACAACAAUGUCAUGCUCCGAGAGCCCGGCUGCAAACUCUUUUUUGGUAGACUCCCUGAUCAGCUCGGGCAGAGGGGAAGCGGCGGGAGCAGGAGGCGGAGGCGGAGGAGGAGGCGGCUACUAUCCCAACAGUGGUAUCUACCUGCCACAGGCGUCCGAUCUGUCCUACGGGCUGCAAAGCUGCGGACUUUUCCCCGUUCUCAGCAAACGCAAUGAAGGUACUUCUCAAAGCAUGGUCCCCAGCUCGCACUCCUACGUGUCAGGGAUGGAAGUGUGGCUAGAUCCCCCCCGGUCCUGUCGCAUGGAAGAGCCGGAGAGCCAGCAGGCCACCUCGUGCUCCUUCGCUCCGAGCAUUAAGGAGGAGAGCUCUUACUGCCUCUAUGACUCAGAGAAAUGCCCCAAGGGCUCGGCAGCCACAGACCUCGCUCCCUUCCCCCGGCUGAGUGCCGAGGUCAGCCCAGCCAGCAGCGGCGGCGGGGUCCCCGUCCCGGGCUACUUCCGCCUGUCCCAGGCUUAUGGCACUUCCAAGAACUACGGCGCGGGGCCAGCCGGGGCUGCCCCUUUCCCUCCGCAGCCCCCCGGCCGCUUCCAGACGCCUCCAUCUUUGCCUCCCGUCCCGGACGCGGGGAGGAAGGAGGAUGAGGAACGCUCCCCAAGCCCCUUGGCGUGCGUCUCCCAGAGGGAGGAAGAGACUCAGGCUUCAUCUUCCACCGCAGAGGAGCUCUCUCCAGCUCCGUCAGAGAGCAGCAAAGCUUCUCCCGAAAAAGAGCCUGUAGGCAAUUCAAAAGGAGAAAAUGCAGCAAACUGGCUCACGGCAAAAAGUGGCAGAAAGAAACGAUGCCCCUAUACCAAGCAUCAAACUCUCGAGCUGGAAAAGGAGUUUCUAUUCAAUAUGUACCUGACUCGUGAGCGUCGCCUAGAGAUCAGCCGCACAGUCCACCUCACAGACAGACAAGUUAAAAUCUGGUUUCAGAACCGCAGAAUGAAACUGAAGAAAAUGAACAGAGAGAAUAGGAUUCGGGAGCUCACAGCCAACUUUAAUUUCUCUUGAUGAACCUAUAAACACAUCUUUAUGGUUUAAAGAGCCAGUAUCAUUUUCCUAGGCUGUAUUCAUCCGCACCUGUAUGGAUUAACGAUUUUAGGCGCUCUCAAUAUGUCCUUAACCUCUUAAGAGCUACUUUUGGGGGGUGGGCGGACUAAAGUCACGCUAAAGCACAAAAUGCCGUGUGUGAACCACCCCUCUUCCUUCAGCCUUUCCCGGGGCCAAUUUGUUCCUCUAAGCUUUGAAACACAAAAAUACCAUUUCAGGAGCUGCAAAUAUGUUUUCCCUUAUCUCUCUCUCUCUGAAAAGUAAACAAUCCUGUUUAAAGGUGCAUUCUUUAAAAAUAUAAGUGCUGUAACUUGGACUGUACGUAGCUGCACAACGAAGAAUUUAAGCGUUGCCAUAUUUCUAUAUAUUGGGAGCUUUCCCCUUCUCUGUUUGCCUUUUCUCCCCCUCCCCCUUUUUUCUUUCCAAAAGCGGGACUUAAAAUAAUGAAAUACAGGCAUCCUUAAAAAGGGUUUAACGGGAACGGGUGUUAGGAGUGAUUUUUGUUGUUGUUGUUUUUUACACUUUACCUUAAAAGCCAAUAUUACAGCUUUAAAUUUGGCCAGGAAAAUGAAAUAUCUUCUCUUUAAAGGUAUAAAAGAGUUCGUUUUACUCAUGGACUAAAUUAUUACACUUACCUCUGAAUUUCUCUCGCUGGUUGUAGAUAUUUACUUAAUGUAGUUUUGCUUAAAUAUGUGAAUUUGGUGAUUUUCUUUUGUGUCUAUAUAUACCGUUACCGUUGGUAACGCAUGACAAGCACACAGAAAUUCCCCCUUGAGAAGAAAAUAGUCACUUUUUUCCUCACUAAUUUCACUGAAAAAUAUAUAUCCUGAACUUUCAGAUGGACUUUCUGAGCCAGAGUCUGAGAUUGUGAGGGAGAAUAUGUUCAUCUUCCUUUAUACUGUGAAGUUACAUGCAUUAAAGGGUCAAACAUAUAGGUGAAAAAAUUUAAAAAUAUUAAAAAAAAAAAAGAAGGGGAAAAGCUAUAAAUACAGAUAUGGAUAAAUGUCUAUUAUUAUUAAAAUGCCGAUACUGUUUUAAGCAAAUGCAUUCUAUCGUUAUUAUAAAUGUUAGUUCUAGCUAUAUCUAGUUCUUACCUUAAAUCGGAAUAAAUUAAUAUUGUAAUGCUGCUGUGCGUGAAAAAGACGAUGUUUAUGUUCUCAUAGAAGAAUAAAAAAAACCCCGUGGAAUGAA